AUGAAGGGUCAAGACCAAGUCAUCGAAGAGUUCAACACUUACGUCAAUAUGGCAUCGUCUGAGCUGGAGAAAUGGCUCAAAUCCGAUGAUUCCAACAGCGCCGGCUGGCCAAAAGAAGAAGAGAACGGCGAGACUGUCGGACAUGACAGUGGUCGAAAGAUUGUCGAGAUCCUGGAGGCCAAUCCCAACAAAGAUCCAACAAAGUAUGAUGAGGAUCAAAUUGCGCACAUGCGCAAGGUUGUCGGAUAUUGCAAGCGCCAUCUUGCGCAAGAAGCAGCGGGGACAAACGAAAAGUCUACCGAGGAGGUCAAAAAGACGAAGUCGUACGCAUCUUUGAAGAAUUGGGGCCAUGACGUCUUGAAGGCUCGCGACGAGGCAGAGAAAGGAGACGAUAAAGAUGAUGACGCUGCAGAGGAUGGGGCGCAGGCUGGUGAUAAACGAAAGGCGUCCAGGGGUCAACAAGGGUCAACCAAGAAAAGAGAAACAUGGCAGGGUAAAGGUGUGACUACAGGAGAGGAAGAAGAGCACAAUGUCGGAGACAGUGACAGUGAUGGGGAUGAGGAUGUAGAGCUGGUCGAGGAACAUGAGAGCUCUGCCGAGGAGAAUGACGAAGGUGAGGACGAAGGUGAAGAGGUAGAUGACCAGAAUGACGACAACCGCAAAGCUGCAAGGAAAAAUGAGCCCAAGAAGCAAGAGCAAAGCAAGAGCAGCCAGGAACGCAACGAGACCAAGGCCACAUCUGGAGAUAAGACCAGUUCAAAGGCAACAAAGGGUCCUGAGAAGGGUGAAACAGUCAGCUGGAAAUGGGGUAGUGGCCAACCCGAGGGCAAAGUAUUGGACGUCAAGGGUGAAGACACUUCCAUCACGACUAAGAACGGAAAUCAGGUUAGUCGCAAGGGAACGAAGGAGGAUCCGGCGGUUAUCUUGGACACAGGAAAGUCGAAGGCAAUCAAGCUGAAUCAUGAACUGAACUAGAUCAUGUUAAAUUGCUAUCUUGCCACAAAUAGAUCACCUUCUGUGGGACGGCAUCUACUUCUUCAAUAAUGACAUGCAUCAUUGGAUGAUUUUCGGGUAUCUCAACUUGCGUUCAUAGUCUCUUGAAUCAACCCGACUGAUAUAGCCUAUCAUAAUGCAAAAUACCACUCCAUAAUGAUUGCGGGGAAGCCUGCUACGUGUGGGGUGAUGUCGCAUUGUGUGUGCUGAUCCUACCGCUUCUAACAACCCCCGGCAGCUACGUUCAAGGUGAUGGUUGGUUCGUUACUACUUUCUCCUCUAUAUGUGACCCUAUGAUUGAUCAACUCGGGUGAAUGUGACCCGGAAGAUGUUACCCUCGGCAGACGAUCUCAGACACCUCGCAGGAAUAAAUGGUCAACCCCCUCGUCUCCGAUCUAAUUUCGUGGUUUCAAUAGGCCCUCCG